AUGUUUAGACCGGCAUUGCCCUUGUUUUUCAAGGAAGACCCAUUGAUGGUGUGCCGUGCAUUCCGUCAGUACUUGUACGACGAAAAUGGUAACCGAUAUUUGGACUGCAUCAACAACGUACAGCACGUGGGUCAUUGCCAUCCGGCCGUUACCAAUGCCAUUAUGAAACAGUCAUCGCUUAGCACCCUCAACAACAGAUAUUUGCACAGCAGCUGUGUGGAAUAUUGCGAACGACUGUCUGCAACUCUUCCUUCGUCAUUGAACACGUUCUUGUUUUGCAACUCUGGGUCUGAAGCAAAUGAUGUUGCCUUUCGCAUGGCCAGAGAUUAUACGGGUGGCACUGAAGUCAUUGUUCUUGAACAUGCAUAUCAUGGGAAUCUGUCGUCAUUGAUUGACAUAAGUCCCCUCAAAUUCAAUGGUAAAGGUGGGAAGGGCGCUCCGGAGCAUGUUCACGUGGCACCGAUACCAGACGCCUAUCGUGGGAAGAUUCGUUUGACCACUGAGAAACUGCACGAUCCUGCAUCUCUGGAAGAUAUAGGGGUGUCAUAUGCUCUUGAGGUGAAAGCUAUUUGCGACAAGAUAAAGAAUGAUGGAAAGAAGCUAUGCGCCUUUUACAUGGAGUCGUUGAUUAGCUGUGGCGGUCAGGUUAUUCCCCCGUCAUCGUACCUUUACAACGUUUUGAAGUAUGUCUUUAUUUAUAUUUUACAAAGUAUGUAUUAAUG